AUGACUCCAAGACGCCGAUUCGAGUUCUCCUUUCGCAAGAGAUACACCGGUCCGUCCACGUCCUCUUCGAGUAUCUCUCCAACGGUUCCUGUCCUUCAAUCUCCCAUGGCCUUUCAAGCGCUAGGCUCGAGAACAAUCUCUGAAGCGACCUUGAAGCAGAAAAAUAAACUGGACAGAGCGCCUGUCAGACCGUCCAUGUUUCUUGAAGAGAAGGACGACGAUGAGAAUCAGAUAUACCCCCUCAAGCCUGGUGCUCCUGCCGAAGUCAAGCCCACUCAUCUUGAACGCAAGAGUAUGGAGAACGAGUCUGUCCUCCGUCCCAGAACCCAGCAUUUCGAAGAUCUCUUCACCACCAGAGGUCCUCUAUCCUCGCCAAGAUCUCAAGUCAGCCAUGACUCUGUGAUUGUUGUGGAGGUCAAGAUCAAUACCAGGAUCAAAGAUGACGACAUGCUUGCUUCGAUGAUCACAACACAGAUGGCACGAAUUUUCGAAAAGUCUGAGGCCUGCAUGAUGACCACAAUUCAGCAAGAUGCCUGCCUCUAUUUCGCGAACUCGAAUAUGCCAGCGUACUUGAUGAAGGUUUUUGCAUUGCCGUACCUCAUAGCACCCAUAACCAAUCUCCGCAGCACCAUCCUGAUUCAAGUUGCCCUUGAGAAAAUUAUGAGCAUUGCAUCUAACCACGGUGUCAUUUUGUUCCUUCCAAUGCCGGAGGAGAACCUUGCCACCAACGGCGUGACUGUGAUGGGUCAGAUAGCAAACCUAGAGCGUGGCACAGGGCUGUUCAGAACCAUUUCUCGAACUGUGAGCCGAAAGCUCAAAUCUGGUAGUGCACAGAGCGCACCAAUUUCAGUUGCGACGACAUCCUCAUGGACAUUUAGCGAUAAGCUCUCACCAGUAUCAGUGACCGAGAGCCAGUCUCAUGAGAGCGCAGCAUCUAGAGAGGGAAGAACGUUCAAGUUCAAGUCCAAGCCCAGGUCAACAACAAAGGCCAGGAGUUCUGUUUCUUCUGCGGCCGGUGAGGGCGGAAGUCAACCUGGCUCGUCCAAUAACGAGCAGUGAAUUUGUGUGUUGUUUUAUAUUUCAAUACUGCCCGCUUUGAUUUUGUGUCUUUCUUUCGGGUUUGUCUUGGUUUGAGCAAUUUUGUUUGUCCUUCUGUGAUUGGGCUCACUUUCCGCAGUCAUUCACUCAAUGCAGCUUUCUUGACUGAGCAUGGUCGAAUAUGACCCUUAUUUUUCCCUCUCUUUAGCUC